GAGCUCAGGACACAAGGACACCGCCAUGACCCAAGAUACCGCCCUAGACAUGAAAGACGUUGAACUGAAUGAACUGGACCAAGAGAAGGUCCCAAUGGCAGGUGGGGCCGGAGACAGCCCAAAUGGAGGGGCAGAGAAGAAUGGAGUUGUUAAGGUGAAGCUUGAAGAUGAGGAUGAGAAGAGUCAGAAAUUUACAGGGUUGUCCAAAGAAGAAUUACUGCGAGUGGCUGGUACCCCGGCAUGGGUGAGAGUCCGAUGGGCACUGCUGAUUCUGUUUUGGCUAGGCUGGGCCGGCAUGCUAGCAGGAGCUGUGGUCAUCAUCGUACAAGCCCCUCGUUGCCGACCUUUGCCAGCGAUGGAGUGGUGGAACAAGGGACCCCUCUACCAAGUUGGAGAUCCAGCAACCUUUCAAGAAGACGGGGCUGGAAAUAUUCAGAGUAUAGAGAAGCGCAUUGAGUCACUUUCCAGUCUGAAAGUCAAAGGUUUGAUUAUUGGCCCAAUACACGUCACAAAGAAAGAUCAGAUCGGAGAAACCCAACUCACUGACAUUGACCCCAAUUACGGCACAAAGGAGCAAUUCGCCAGUCUGCUGGAAGCUGCGCGCAAAAAGAGUAUUCAGAUCAUCUUGGACCUUACUCCUAAUUACCACAGUGAAAAGAGCUGGUUUGAAAAGACUGAAAGGGAGUCGAUCGUUGACUUUGAGGAUAAUGUAACGGAAGCGGUUAAUGUUUGGCUGGAACGUGGCGUCGGAGGAAUAUACUUUGGAGACAGUGAGAAUUUUCCCAAUGCAAGCAGUUUUCUUUCUGAAUGGGGGAACAUGACUGCCAAUUACAGCAAAGAAGGAAAACCAAGAGUGUUACUGUUAUCCACAAGUACUGUCCAUAACAACCUUGCUGGUCCCUCAAACGAGACAGUUCAAGGCACACUCUUCUAUCGCUUCCUGGAUGCUGAAAACAAGAAAAACUUUAGUUCUUUGGGUGCGACCAUCAAGCAAUAUGUGGCCGAGACUGGCAUCCUGGGGAACAGUUGGAUGGUUGGAGCACCACAAAUGCGCCAUUUGGCUUCUAUGGUCAACGAGAAUCUUCUUCGUGUCUACCAACUCCUGCUCUUCACACUGCCGGGGACUCCAAUCUCUUUAUAUGGGGAUGAAAUUGGACUAAAAGACCUUUCUGGCCUGGCUGCACAGCUUUCAGGACCUAUCAUGCAGUGGGGAGAAGUUUCAGUGUCCAAUAACUCUCCUCAAAUUGCAACAGACGUAAAUGCAAAUGUCACAUUUAAGGGACAAGAUGCCGACAAGGGGUCGUUCCUAAACGUAUACAGGAAGUUGAGUGACCUGCGGGGGAAAGAGCGGUCCCUCCUGCACGGCGACUUUGCACUACUAUAUAAUAGUGACCAGGCCAUAUCUUUCCUAAGAAGUUGGGAUCAGAAUGAGCGAUAUGUGACGGCUUUAAACUUUAACUACGAGGGGGAGGCAGAACUGUUCCUGAAACAAGAUGGAGACAAAGAGCUGCCAGAACAGGGAACAGUUGUGUUGAGUUCCAACCCACAACGAAAAGACGGGGACACUGUUUCCCUAAAAAGCUUGAAGUUAGGAGCCGGAGAGGCUUUACUCCUUAAAUAUCCUUAUAGUGGAUAACCCCCGACAUCCCUGUGAGGGACAAACACUUCCACAUUCCACUUGCUGAGCCUUUUUCUCCAGUGCCAAGACGCACAGGUUAACUUUCCCUUUAAACCCUUUACCACCCGUCUCAGUGAGAGAUUUAUAUAAUGUGUCGUUUAUAUUUACCAGGCGUCUAGUUUAUUUCAUGUUCAGAGGAUAAAAACUUCAGAACAGUUCCUGAAACGCGUUAAGAGCAAUAAGUGUCGUUUUUCUGCUUCGUUUUGUGGUUUUGUCACUAUUUUGUGCAAAUAGGAAAUCUCGGAGGAUUUGUCAUUUCAUGUUUAUUUGAGGCUGCGGCACUUUUAGUCCUCUGAGCCUGGAGAGAUGGACGGGAAUAUCAAUGUCUGAGGGUCUCGUUUAUUUGGGGAGGGAAAGUUUGGUUACAGUUUAGCAACACGGGGCUGGUCAGCAAGAAAUUCCUACUUCAAUAAAGUUAGUGUUUGUGAA